GACAUGGAUCUCUUCCAUGAGGAGCCAUCGGCUUCGACAGCCCCUACGGAAUAUGGCGAUCAUUCUGAGGACGAAGCCCACCUAUCCGAGAAAAAGACACACCUGCGCAUCCCCAAGAUCAACGUCCGCGAAGCUCACAGUGCCGAAACCCUCGCCGUCCCCAACGACCUUCAUGUAGCCCCUGGCCCUCGCAUCGAUACAGAAUGGAGCAUGUCCGACCGGGUCAUGCAAAACCAGAAACGUGCCGAAGCAGCAGGAUACAAACGACGCGAGUUGGGCGUGACAUGGCAGAACCUGACUGUGGAGGUGGUGGCUGCUGAGGCGGCAGUCAAGGAGAACCUGGUCACGCAGUACAACAUCCCUCAAUUGGUCAGAGACUAUCUUCGGAAACCGCCCCUCAAAUCUAUCCUUCAGGAUAGUCAUGGCUGCGUAAAACCCGGUGAGAUGCUGCUUGUCUUGGGCCGGCCAGGUUCAGGGUGCACAACACUUCUCAAGAUGUUGUCCAAUCGACGGGAGGGAUACCGCUCUGUGCACGGUGAUGUUUUCUUUGGAGAUAUGAACCCGCAAGAGGCAGCCCAAUACCGGGGACAGAUCGUGAUGAACACCGAAGAAGAGCUCUUUUACCCUCGAUUGACUGUCGGGCAGACCAUGGACUUUGCGACCAAGCUCAAGGUCCCUGCCAACCUUCCUGCGGAGAACUACAUUGCAGACACCAAGCAAUUCCUGAUGGAAGCUAUGAAGAUCGCCCACACGGAAGAUACGAAGGUCGGCAACGAGUUCGUUCGUGGAGUUUCUGGAGGAGAGAGGAAGCGAGUGUCAAUCAUCGAAUGCAUGGCCACCAAUGGGUCUGUGUUCACCUGGGAUAACAGUACACGUGGUCUCGACGCCAGUACAGCCUUGGAAUGGGCCAAGGCGCUACGGUCAAUGACCAACAUUCUCGGCCUCUCGACUAUCGUGACUUUGUACCAGGCAGGAAAUGGAAUCUACAACCUCUUCGAUAAAGUCCUCGUGCUGGAUGAGGGGAAGCAGAUAUACUAUGGCCCCGCUGCCUCGGCCAAGCCUUUCAUGGAGGCACUCGGCUUUGUUUACUCUGACGGUGCGAAUAUUGGUGACUACCUAACGGGAGUGACUGUCCCUACCGAACGAAAGAUCAAACCUGGCUUUGACAAUCGCUUCCCACGAAACGCGGAUGCCAUCUUGGCUGAGUAUCGUCAAUCCUCACUGUAUCAGCAGAUGAUCAAGGAGUAUGACUAUCCGUCGUCCGGAAUCGCACAUCAGCGAACACAAGAUUUUAAGGAGUCUGUGGCAUUGGAGAAGUCCAAGCGCAUCCCCAAGAAAAGCGCUCUCACGACCAGCUUCUGGGACCAGCUCAUUGCUUGCACGGUUCGUCAAUACCAGAUUCUCUGGGGAGAAAAGUCGACCUUCUUGAUCAAACAGAUUCUGUCGAUCAUUAUGGCUCUGAUCGCCGGUUCUUGCUUCUACAAUUCCCCGCAAACGACUGCCGGUCUUUUCACUAAAGGCGGUGCCGUCUUCUUCGCUCUUCUCUACAAUUGCAUCGUCGCCAUGUCAGAAGUCACUGAAUCCUUCAAAGGCCGCCCUGUCUUGGUGAAACAUAAGUCAUUUGCGAUGUACCAUCCUGCCGCUUUCUGUCUUGCCCAGAUCACGGCCGAUUUACCCGUGUUACUCGUCCAAUGCAGUCUCUUCUCCGUGAUUCUCUAUUGGAUGGUCGGUUUGAAGCAUACCGCAGCAGCAUUCUUCACGUUCUGGGCAAUCCUCUUCACGACCACCCUUUGUGUGACGGCGCUCUUUCGCAGCAUUGGUGCUGGGUUCAACACGUUCGAAGCUGCCUCCAAGAUCUCAGGAACGGCCGUGAAAGGAAUCGUCAUGUACGCCGGUUACAUGAUUCCGAAGCCACACAUCAAGAACUGGUUCCUGGAAUUGUACUACACUAAUCCAUUUGCCUAUGCCUUCCAAGCGGCUUUGUCCAAUGAGUUUCACGAUCAGAUCAUUCCGUGCGUGGGCAACAACCUUGUGCCUAACGGUCCGGGUUACGAGGAUGUUGAUGCUGCCAACAAGGCUUGUACCGGUGUUGGUGGUGCUCUCCGGGGGGCUGACUACGUGACUGGCGACCAGUAUCUCUCUUCGCUGCACUACAAGCAUUCGCAGAUGUGGCGCAACUAUGGCAUUCUCUGGGCCUUUUGGGCUUUCUUUGCCGUCAUGACUAUUAUCUGCACUUGUUAUUGGAACGCUGGUGCUGGUUCGGGCUCAUCGCUUCUUAUUCCCCGGGAGAAGCUCAAGGCUCAACGCGCUCAUCGGGACGAAGAAGGGCAGCGGGAAAAGGAUCCCGCUCGCGACAAGGGAUCUGGCGAUGCUUUGGACUCUGUUGAUGAGGGAAACCUGAAUCGGAACACCUCUAUAUUCACAUGGAAAAACCUGACCUAUACGGUAAACACGCCCACCGGGGAGCGAGUGCUCUUGGACAACAUUCAUGGAUGGGUCAAACCCGGCAUGCUCGGUGCUUUGAUGGGCUCGUCGGGAGCAGGCAAAACGACUUUGCUUGAUGUGCUCGCCCAGCGAAAAACUGAAGGCACAAUCAAGGGUUCCAUCAUGGUUGACGGUCGCGAGCUGCCUGUCUCGUUUCAGCGCAUGGCAGGCUACUGCGAGCAGUUGGAUGUUCACGAGCCCUACGCAACGGUGCGCGAAGCCCUUGAAUUCUCCGCUCUCCUGCGCCAGUCGCGCGAUACACCGAGAGAAGAGAAACUCAAGUAUGUCGAGACAAUCAUUGACUUACUGGAACUCCACGACCUCGCGGAUACACUGAUCGGUACUGUUGGAAACGGCCUCAGUGUUGAACAGAGAAAGCGGGUGACUAUUGGAGUCGAGUUGGUGUCAAAGCCCAGUAUCUUGAUCUUCCUUGACGAGCCUACCUCGGGUCUUGACGGGCAGUCUGCAUAUAAUACGGUCCGAUUUCUGCGCAAGUUGGCGGACGUCGGCCAAGCAGUUCUCGUCACGAUUCACCAGCCUUCUGCCCAGCUUUUUGCGCAGUUCGACACAUUGCUUCUGCUUGCUCGCGGCGGUAAGACCGUGUAUUUCGGCGAUAUUGGCGACAACGGAGCCACGAUCAAGCAGUAUUUUGGCAAAUAUGGCGCUCAGUGCCCCGUCGAGGCGAACCCGGCGGAGUUCAUGAUCGACGUGGUUACCGGGGGCAUUGAGGAGGUCAAAGACAAGGACUGGCACCAGGUCUGGCUGGACUCGCCUGAACACGAGCACAUGAUAUCCGAGCUGGACCAUCUCAUCACCGACGCGGCGGCCAAACCGCCGGGCACGCACGACGACGGAUACGAGUUCUCGAUGCCGCUGUGGGAUCAAAUCAAGAUCGUGACCCAUCGCAUGAAUGUGGCCCUAUUCCGCAACACCAACUACGUCAACAACAAAUUCUCACUGCACAUUAUCUCCGCCCUCCUGAACGGCUUCUCCUUCUGGCACGUAGGCCCCAGCGUCUCUGCUCUGAACUUGAAACUCUUCACUAUCUUCAACUUCGUCUUUGUGGCCCCCGGUGUGAUUAACCAGCUCCAACCGCUCUUUAUCCAGCGCCGUGACAUCUAUGACGCGCGUGAGAAAAAAUCCAAGAUGUACAGCUGGGUCGCCUUCGUGACGGGGCUGAUCGUCUCCGAAUUCCCGUACCUUUGCAUCUGCGCUGUCCUCUACUUCGUCUGCUGGUACUACCAAACCAGACUACCAACCGAGUCGAACCGUGCAGGCGCCACCUUUUUCAUCAUGCUGAUCUACGAGUUCAUCUACACGGGCAUCGGCCAGUUCGUCGCCGCAUACGCCCCCAACCCGACCUUCGCCGCCCUGGUCAACCCCCUCAUCAUCAGCUUCUUGGUGCUGAUGUGCGGCGUCUUCGUGCCCUACACCCAGCUCAGCGUCUUCUGGCGCUACUGGAUGUACUACCUCAACCCGUUCAACUACGUCACCUCCGGCAUGUUGGUGUUCGGCAUCUGGGGCGCCAAGGUGACCUGUAACGAGGGCGAGUUCGCCAUCUUCGACCCCGUCAACGGUACCUGCGGCGAGUAUCUGGCCGACUACAUGAACGGCAAGGGCUGGCGCGUGAACCUGACCAACCCGGAUGCCACCACCGAUUGCAGGGUGUGCGAGUAUCAGGACGGCAGCGAUUUCCUGACCACCCUGAACAUCAACCACUAUUACUACGGGUGGCGCGAUGCGGCCAUCUGUGUGAUCUUUGCUAUCAGCGGAUAUGCGCUCGUGUUCGCGUUGAUGAAGUUGCGGACUAAGGCGUCGAAGAAGGCGGAAUAGGUGCUUUGCUGCUUUCUUCUUCUGAGCGUAUGCCCUCUGAAAUCCAGAGGUUUGCCUG